AGGGACCCUUCAAAGCCAACUGUGUGGGGAGGAGAAAGUGAUCCAACAAGUGCUCCGUGGAGAGGAAACACAAGGUGAAGGCAGGAAAAGAAGUGAUGGAUCACUCCAAACAGACACAGUACGGCUCAAACGAGAAGAAAGACAGCGGGGACACCGGCUCCGUGCUGAACGGACACUUUGACGCGAUGGUGAAGCGGUCAGCCGGCGGCACCGUGCGCCCCGCCGCCCCCCAGCCUCCGGGCGCGGAGUCCGGUGCGCACCGGCCGGCCGCCUCGGUGAUGGAGUGCUGGAGGGAGGAGCGCACCAGGAGCGUGGAGGACAACGAGAUGAGCCUGCCGUCCCUGGCCGCGGCUUACACCACCAUCCUGCGGGGGCUCGGGGAGGACCCGCAGCGGCAGGGGCUCCUCAAAACCCCCUGGAGGGCUGCCACCGCCAUGCAGUUCUUCACCAAGGGCUACCAGGAGAAAAUUAUCGACGUGCUGAAUGACGCCAUCUUUGACGAAGACCACGACGAGAUGGUGAUCGUAAAAGACAUCGACAUGUUCUCCAUGUGUGAACAUCACCUGGUGCCCAUCUUCGGCAGGGUUCACAUCGGUUACCUCCCCAACAAGAGAGUUCUGGGCCUCAGCAAGCUGGCCAGGUGA